AUGGACAACUCUCAGUUUCGAAACCUCCUCCAGGCCGAGCGCAGUGCAAAGACGCCCGGAUCGGGGGCUUCGGAUCCAUCCUUCAAGAAACCGGCUCUCGGCUCAAGAGCACGCGCCUCGAUUCCCAUGACUCCUCGCUCGGUGGCGGGAUACAGUGGCUCCAGGGACUUUGCAAGACAAGUGGCAGAACACCGACGAGAACAAGAUGGACAGCCUCCUACAAAAAAGUUCAGAUCCAGCGCUGCACCCAAAGGUACCAAACUCGCCACUGGGUACAACGACCGCACAUUGGCUAGACGGGCAGGUGAAGACGAUGCCGAGCCACAGGAUGAUAAGGGGAAACGGCUCAAGGCUCUGGAAGAGAUGUACAAAUUACAACAGAUUGACGAAGCUACGUUUGAAAGCCUUAAGAGCCAGAUUGGCAUUGGAGGAAGUAUUAGCAGUACGCAUUUGAUAAAGGGCCUCGAUUGGAAACUGCUGGACAAAGUUCGACGCGGAGAAGAUGUUAAUAAUGAGUCGUCGCAGCCGCAAGAGAUUGCUACGGAGACCGAAAAAGUGGAUGUGGAGGACGAGCUGGACCAGGUGCUGGAUAAAGAGGUUCAGGCCAAGAGUCCGGCGACGAAAAAGAAAGAGUCCAAAUCUACUGCAGAUGAGGUUGUUGAUGCUCAACCAAUGUCCCGAGAUGAAAUAUUACGGCAGCUGAAGGAGAGUCGGACAGGAAAGCGGGAGACUGCUCCGGUUGCGCCUAAGCUCGGAGAACGCUUCAAGAAGGUGACUUCAGAAAAGUCCAGCAACAAGAAGAAAUUUGUGGAGGUGGUGAAUGGACGACGGAGGGAAGUACUCGUCAUCACCAACAAGGACGGGACAACGAAGAGAAAGUCUCGCUGGAUCGACGACGAGGACAGCGUAAAACAGGCCCAGCCCCUAGGGAUGGAGGUCCCAGCCGAAUUCCUGGCGAAGCAGCAGGCACUGUUGGCCCAGCAAGCGGAAGAUGAAGACGACGACAUUUUCCAAGGUGCUGGGGACUACGAUCCAUUGGCCGGUAUCAAGAGCGAGUCCGAUGACUCAGGUGCAGAGGAGCAGGGAGCAGAAAAGUCCGAUGCAAGGAAGAAGGAGGUUGCAGCAGGAAGCGACAAGCCACGAAACUAUUUUUCGACAAGCACCCAGGCUGACGAAGUGGAGGAUCGUAGCAAUCCCAUCACCAAAGAUCCUACGCUCCUUGCGGCUUUGAAGCGGGCGGCGGCCUUGAAACGGAGCGAGGAACAGGGUGGAGUUGAUGUGCCUGGUUCGGACCCAGACCGGGAAGCCAAACAACAACAAUUGCUGGCUCGACUGAAGGAGCGAGACCGGGCUGAUGCCAUGGACCUGGAUCUGGGAUUUGGCGAGAGCCGGUUCGGAGAUGACGAUGACGAGGAAGGGCCCAUUUGGGAGGAGGGCGAAGGGGGUGGCAAGAAGAGCGGGAGGAAACGAGGGCCCAAGAAACACAAGGGUGAUAAAGAUAAUGUGAAGGAUGUGAUGGCGGUGCUGGACGAACGACGGAAAGACAAGCCGUAA